AUGGGGUUUGGACAAAAUUUACAGAUUGGACAGAAAUUGGAAGCAGUCGAUAAGAAAAAUCCACAAUUGAUUUGCUGUGCAACGGUUGAUGCCAUCAAAGAUGAUCAAGUGCACAUAGCAUUUGAUGGAUGGCGUGGAGCAUUUGAUUAUUGGACACGAUACGAUUCCCGUGACAUUUUUCCUGUCGGUUGGUGUACACAUCCCGUGCAACCGCCCGGCCAUCGUAACCGAGUUGAUCCAAAUACUAAUAAACGAAAAAGUAUGAAACCGAGCAAUACAUUCAUUCCCGACUUAGAUACACUAUCGACAACCACACCAGUUACAAUAUAUUUCCAUUCUAAGUGUCGAGUCGGACCAUUCUUUAAUCGCCAUAGUUUUCGAACUCGUACAAUGCUAACUGCGCCAAAUCAUAAAAUAUUAGCAAAACUUAUUUUACAAGAGAUUUUGGGCAAUUGCUCCAACACAGCCCAACUAGCGCAGCGUCUGUUUGCACUCGAUGGUGAUGUCAAUACCGUGGUAGCAGCAAGUGAAAACUUUAUGGUUAAAAUUCCAAGCUCAAAUCGUUUACGCGAUGCCGAAUUUGCUGAAUUUUUAAGAACUAUUUGCAAAGCUUGUGAAGCAUGUCCAAAUCUAAUUACGCUUGAAACAGGACCUGAAAUAUGUGAUAGCUGUUGUAAACAGGAAAAAACGGAAGAGACACAAGGACACGAAGAUUAUGACAAAAACAUAUGUAAACAGGAAUUGCAAAAACAAUCAGACUCAUUGCAGACGAAGGAGGGAGUAUUUGGAAUAAAACAAGUAUAUAAACGUCGUCGCCAAUCAGAUAUGGAAUCAUCAUCACCUUCACCCACAUCAUCUUCAAGUUCAAACUCAAACUCGAGCAUAAGUGAAAGGUUUUCGAAAAUUCCUAGAAAGACCAAUUCCAAUGAUGAAUCAGUUAGUAUUAUAACGUCUCAAAAUACACAGACGCAAUGUGUCACCACUUCAUCAGCAAUUUCCAAGUCAAGUUUAACACCCACAAAGGAGCCGCCAUUAAAACUAACAAAUCCAAUGCCGAAAGGUCCCGCCAACGAGUGGACUAUCGAAGAAGAAAUUGAUGGAAAGGCACUCCUUUUACUGACAUCUGAUAUGAUGUUGAAAUAUAUGAACCUAAAACUAGGCCCAGCAUUAAAGAUUUACAAUCUAGUAAAGCGGCUCAACAUGAGAAGGCACUGA